GCCCGGAUCGCAUCCCCUCCCCGGGGCCAGCAGGGAAAGGGUUAAGUGGUCGCCUCUGGCCGGGGCUCGGCCCCCAGCUCCGGGCAGGGCCCUCCCCCACCGCCCCCGCCAGCCCGAAACUCGUUGGAAGUGCAAGGACGCGCACAGGCGAGGGGAGACGCGGCGGCGCGGGUGGGUCCCCACGUCCCCGGGGGAUCUGCGGGGCCAUGGGGGUCGGGGCAGGCUCCAGGCGGGGGCAGCUCUUCCUCCGCUCCCUCCUCUUCCUCCUGCUGGCCGGGACCCCGGCACCGCGCCCGGCGGGCGGGCAGCUGCGCUACGCGGUGCCGGAGGAGCUGGAGCACGGAGCCUUUGUGGCCAACCUGGGCGAGGACCUGGGGCUGGACGUAUCCAGCUUGUCGGUGCGGCGGUUCCGUAUCGUGUCCAGGGCCGGGGCCAGGCAGCACCUGGAGGUGAACCUGGAGAACGGGAUCCUCUUCGUGAACGAGCGCAUUGACCGGGAGGAGGUGUGCGAGGCCGGGGGGACCUGCCUGCUCCACCUGCAGCUCCUCAUCGAGAGCCCGCUGGAACUCUACCGCGUCGAGGUGGAGGUGCUGGACAUCAAUGAUCAUGCACCCACCUUCCCCUGGCAAGAGUAUGUGCUGGAGGUGGCCGAGUCCGCCGUGCUCGGUGCCCGCUUCCCGCUGGAGAGUGCCCAGGAUCCCGACGUGGGCACCAACUCAGUGCACACCUACCGGCUCAGCCCCAACAGGUUCUUUUCACUCGAGGUGCAGACACGGAGCGACGCCAGCAAGUUUGCAGAGCUGGUGCUGGAGCAAGCUCUUGACCGCGAGCAGCAACGUGUGCACCGGCUGCUGCUCACCGCUCUCGACGGCGGCGUUCCCGAGCGCUCAGGCACAGCUCACAUCCUUGUCACGGUGCUGGAUGCGAAUGACAACGUGCCUGCCUUUGACCAGCCCUCGUACGGUGUGAGCCUUCCUGAGGAUGCCCCCGCCGGCACUCUGGUCAUCCAGCUCAACGCCACUGACCCGGAUGAGGGCCCCAACGGGGAGAUCGAGUACUCCUUCAGUGGGCAUGCACCGCCACGUGUCCGGGAGCUCUUCCACAUAGAGCCCCGCAGUGGGCAGGUGCUGCUGAAGGGCCGUCUGGAUUAUGAACGAGCAAGCAUCCACGAGCUCUAUGUGCAAGCCAAGGACCGUGGACCCUCGGCUGUGGCCGUGCACUGCAGGGUGCUCGUGCACCUCCUUGAUGUGAAUGAUAACGCGCCAGAGGUGACUCUCACCUCUGUGUCCACACCAGUGCUGGAGGAUGCCCCACCAGGCACUGUCAUUGCUGUCAUCAGCAUUCUGGACCGGGACUCUGGGGACAAUGGGCGUGUGAGCUGCGAGGUUGGCCCCGAUGUGCCCUUUGAGCUCCGCUCUUCCUUCCGCAACUACUACACGCUGGUCACCACGCAGGCGCUGGACCGGGAGGUUGUGCCUGAGUACAACGUAAGCAUCACAGCACGGGACAUGGGCUCCCCUGCCCUGCUGACCCGCAGUACCCUCACCGUCCCGGUGUCCGACGUGAACGACAAUGCCCCACGCUUCCUUCAGCCCUCCUACAGUGUCUACGUGAUGGAGAACAAUGCGCCAGGUGCCUCUAUCUGCUCUGUCAGUGCAUUGGACCCCGACUGCCAACAGAAUGCCUACCUGUCCUACUCCAUUGCCGAUGGGCACAUCCAUGGCAUGCCUGUGGGCACCUACGUGUCUAUCAACUCAGACAGUGGGCACAUGUAUGCCCUGCGCUCCCUUGAUUAUGAGCAGAUCCGUAGCUUCCAGAUCCAGGUGCAAGCACAGGAUGCAGGUUUCCCCCCACUCAGCGCCAAUGUCACCGUCCACAUCUUUGUGCUGGACCAGAACGACAAUGCUCCGGUUAUUGUUUCCCCCUUGCCACGCAAUGGCUCCGUGGCCACUGAGCUGGUGCCACGAUCUGCUGGGCCUGGCUACCUCGUGGGCACGGUGUCAGCGGUGGAUGCGGAUGCAGGGCUGAACUCCCGCCUCUCCUACCAGCUUCUCCAGGCCACUGACUUCACCCUCUUCAGCGUGGCACCAGACACAGGCGAGCUGCGCACCCUUCGCUCCUUCCUGGAGCAGGAUGCAACGCGGCAGCGGCUGGUGGUGCAGGUGCGGGACGGGGGGCAGCCGGCGCUCUCAGCCACCGUGUCCCUCCUGCUUUCAGUGGUGGAGACCAUGCCUCAGACUCUCUCUGACUUCAGUGAGUUCAGCCUCCCUCCAGAGGCCUCCUCAUCCUCCCCACUCACCCUCUACCUUCUUGUCUCCUUGGGCUCCAUCUCUUUCACCUUCCUCCUUGCCAUCCUCAUCCUCACGGCCAUUCGGUGCCGUGGAGAGCGGCACUCCCUCCAAAAUGAUGGCUGCUCACUGCCCUGCUGCCACUGCUGCCCUGGGUCCAGACCCUCCCCUGAUGGCCUGAAGACAUCCAACCUGACAGCGCAGCCCCCCGCAGGGACCACGGCUGCCACGCGCCUCGACGUGCCCGGGGGUGGCCCCCCAGGCUACUGCUACAAAGUCUGCUUGGGUCCUGAAUCUGCCCAAAGCGACUUCAUGUUCCUCAAACCCUGCAGCCCACCCCGGAACAAUGAGAAGGACCCAGGGAAGUGGUCCCAACCAGGCCAGCCCCUCCAGGUCUCCAAACAGAUCAAGCAGCCCAACAUGGACUGGCUGCCCCAUAGCACACAGCGACCUGCCCUGAAGAGCUCCCAGAGCCUGGAGGAUGUGGGGGAAAUCCACAGAGCCCUCCAGAAGGAGCACGAGAGGCUGUGCGCACUGGUGACCCCUGUCUCUGAGUUCCAGAAGGCUUCAGCAGGCACCAACAGCAUCUGGACACCCCAGUACAGCUCCUUGUACCCAGGGCACAUCCCAGCUCUGGAUUAUCAGCACAACGUCUACAUCCCUGGCACCCCCACACUGCUUUCCAGCAAAGACGGGCCCCUCUUUGUGGGCCGGGAGAACAAGAACAGCUUCUCCACCUUUGGCAAGAGGAAGAAGAUGACAACUUACUGUGACAUGCAUGACAGUGUGGUUAUCAACAACGACCUGAAAUAGUGACCAGUGCUGGACCUGGGUGGUUCUGCCCAAGGCCCUGGGAAUCACUUGCAUGGUUUCAGCUGCCCCAUGUAUGGACCACUCCAGAUUUUGCGAGGCUGCUGAGAUAGUGGCUCACCAGGGCAUGGGGAAAGGAUUGAAGGGGCAAGAGAACUAGAAGCGAUAGGGAUGGGCAGGAGGAGGUGGGACAGGGCAUUUCUCCCAUCUCAUCCUGCAAACCUGUGUUGGCAUCAGGUGCUGUUGGGGGUCCAUGUAACCAGAUUUGAGCAAAUCUGCCUUGAUUUUACCCAUUCUCAUGUCCUCUUAGGGACUGUCCAUCUCUGUAAACAUUGUCACUUUUUUGUCUUGUCUGGCUGUGUGAAUGUACUGAGCUGCAUGCCUGUAUUUCUGUCCCAUGGGCACGGAAAAUGUACACAGACCAAGCCCGGUUCAGUCAACCUGACCUUACAUACUGGGGCAGUGACCCUUGCUCUGUCCCUAAGACCCAGCAGGAUGUGUUGCAUAUUCAGAGCAGCCAUUUGUGUCUGGCUUCUCUGGGACAUAAGUGAAAAACCCAGCCAUUAUGGGUUCUUCUCUUCAGACCCUGACCUUACACAAGCAGAACUGGAGACCAAAGGUCCAGGACACAGCCCAGCUUUGCUCUGGGAGCAGCUUGAGCUGGAGCAAACAGACUGAAUGGUCAGAAGUGCCAGUAGCUUAAGCAACUGAGAUGCACAAGGCGAAGCCCUGCUGGGUAAUUCUCUAGCCCAAGCCAACAUCACCUGAAAUAAAGUUUCCAGCCAUCAGAAGAACCCCAACACAGGUGAUACUGCUCUUCCCUCCCACCUUGUCCUCCCCUGAUCUCUGUUUUUGCCAAGUCCUGACUGCCUGUGGGAACCCCUGCACCAGGGUCCCACCAGCAAAGGACAGACAUCUCCCACUGCACUCUGCUUCUCUUGGAUGACUUUUACCUGACUGGCAGGAGCUCUCAAGGGCAGAACUCCAGCCCCAGAACAGUCUCCCCCCCUGCCCUGCUCACUCUACACCUGUCCACCCAGUCUGACUGCCAGUAUUGCCAAUCGCUCCUGUCACGGGACAGCUCAUUUCCAAUCCAUCUGUGCAGAACAUGACAGCUCUCUCUAAACCAAGUUUGUUUCACAGUGUCUGAUUUGUACCAAUAAAUUGUAUUUUAAUAGCUCA